CUUCCAGAAAUGACAACCAUAUUCCCUGACUCUACGACAUCCCAGGCUGUUUAUUUCGUCCUAUGCCAAUUUCAUUUUAGAAAAUCCAAACGUUGUCACCCAACCCUGAGGAAACCGGCUGUAAAAUAUGCGGGUUUAGCGAGAAGAAGCGGACCGACUAUGCUGUGCGAUCUCAGACUGAGGACAGCCAGCCCCAGGGCCUGGAAACAGCGUUAACCGCGCUGAGCGCGCAGCAGGAGGAGGAGGGAGCGGGGCCGCGUCCAUGGCCCCGCCCCGGCCCUUUGUGACGCCGGACAAAGCCUGCCACGCGUCGGAACUCGCCGCGGGACAGCCACGGGGCGCGAGUGACACGCGGGAGGGACCGUGGUGUUCUGCUGGAGCCGAUGCCAGAAACCAUGCAUUUCUUAUUUAGAUUAACUGUUUUCUUUUAUCUGUGGGGGCUUUUUACCGCUCAGAGACAAAAGAUAGAGGUGAGCACCGAAGAAGUGAAAAUAGAAGUUUUGCAUCGUCCAGAGAACUGCUCUAGGACGAGCAAGAAGGGAGACCUACUAAAUGCCCAUUAUGACGGCUACCUGGCUAAAGACGGCUCGAAAUUCUACUGCAGCCGGACACAAAAUGAAGGCCACCCCAAAUGGUUUGUUCUUGGUGUUGGGCAAGUCAUAAAAGGCCUAGACAUUGCUAUGAUGGAUAUGUGCCCUGGAGAAAAGCGAAAAGUAGUUAUACCCCCUUCAUUUGCAUAUGGAAAGGAAGGCUAUGCACAAGGCAAGAUUCCUCCUGACGCUACUCUGAUUUUUGAGAUUGAACUUUAUGCUGUGACCAAAGGACCACGGAGCAUUGAGACAUUUAAACAGAUAGACACGGAUAAUGACAGACAGCUCUCUAAAGCCGAGAUAAAUCUCUACUUGCAAAGGGAUUUUGAAAAAGAUAAGAAGCCACGUGACAAGUCAUAUCAGGAUGCAGUUUUAGAAGAUAUUUUUAAGAAGAAUGACCAUGAUGGCGAUGGCUUCAUUUCGCCCAAGGAAUACAAUGUGUACCAACACGAUGAACUAUAGCAUAUUUGUAUUUCUAGAUUUUUCAGCUAUUUACUGUACUUUAUGUAUGAAACAAAGUCACUUUUCUCCAAGUUGUAUUUUCUAUUUUUCCCCUAUGAGAAAAUAUUUUGAUACCCCAAUACAUAUAUGAUUUUGGUAUAAUAAAUAUGAAGCUGUUUUGCAAACUUGCA